AUGCAUUGGCGUGCGAUUUUGAUGAGUGUACUUGCAACUGCAACGAUUGAAGCAACGACGACAGGUCAUAUAGUGCAGCUUUCAAUUGGUGCAGGGUGCAACUUUUCCGACUACUCCACGCUGCCACUUGCAACUCCAAAAAAACCAUCCUACCACCUACAACUCGAUCCAGGACUUGGCAAAGGCAUUUACGUGUUGCACUUUUCACACUUUAAUCUUCCAGAAACUGACAUAUUGAUUGCAAGGUCAUCCGAUGGUACUGCAAAAUUGCCACCAGUUGCUAUUUGGUCAGGCAAGAACACAAGUGGAACUUUUGAUUCAAUUGGCAUUGUUGGUACAGGCAUCUCAUUGGAACUCAUUAAACGUGCACAUUCUAUCCAUUCGACACCGUGUAGCGGCUUUACAAUUGAGCGACUAUUUUUUUCUCCAAAGAAAUUUUUGGUCAAAGCACAGCAGUUGCAAAUCGCAAUUAAAGUUCCACUUAUUAGCACGGCCAAUGCAACUGAGUCGGAUACUGAUGAGAGUGUAUGCGGUGUUGAUGAAUCAGUUGCAGCAGCGUGUGUACCAUUUUCAACCAAUCACGAAGAUGGCACGAUAAUGUUGACGAAAUCACGAUCAGUAGCUCGUUUGUCAAUUAUCAAGGAGAAUGGCAUGCAAAUUGCGUCGUGUACUGGUUGGUUAUUAGGCUGUGAAGGCCAUUUAAUUACCAAUGAACAUUGUAUUAGUAACAACCAAGAUGCUCGGAAUACAAAGGUGGAGUUCUUAGCAGAAGCCUCGAGUUGCACUGGAAUUGAUACUUGCGCAACUCGUGGUGGAUGUCCUGGUCCUGUUAGUCUAAUUGGUACGACACUUGUUGCAGUGUCAAAAGAAUUGGAUUAUGCUCUUGUGCGUCUUGAUGGCAACAAUAACAUUGCAGAUUUUAAGACAUUGUACGAAACGACGGGCUACUUGCAGUUUCGAGGCACAGGAGCAGUAAUGAAUGAAAAUAUUUACAUUCCACAGCAUCCUCUCGGCUACGGCAAGCGCAUUGCAUGGCUCCAUAAUAAUCAACUUGGUCGUGUCGAGUCGGCUGUAGUAACGGAAUGCCGCAAAGGUGAUAUUGGUUAUUACAUUGAUACUCAAGAAGGUUCUUCUGGUUCUCCAAUUAUUGCAAAAAGAGAUAGUAAUGUUAUUGCACUACACCACUGUGGUGGAUGUCUAAAUGGAGGAAUCCCCGCAAUAGCACUCAUCGAGGACCUGACAAAGAAAAGUCUUUUACCAAAGUGUGCGGUGGCUUGA